CCUGUUUUCCAGAUCUAGCUCUCACUACCGAAGAGCUCUAACCAAGCGCUCUCUGACACACACAAUCACACAGAGCGAGCGAGAAUUUAUUUGAGCAAAAAGAAACGAAGCGUAAGAACUGUGUGGAACAUUUUGGGGUCGAUCUGUGGAAUCGAAGAUGAAUAUUUUCAGAUUAGCGGGUGACAUGACCCAUUUGGCCAGCGUCCUCGUCUUGCUCCUCAAGAUCCACACCAUCAAAUCCUGUGCUGGUAUUUCUUUGAAGACACAAGAACUCUUUGCUAUUGUUUUCCUUGCCCGCUACAUGGAUAUGUUUACCAACUUUAUCUCUCUUUAUAAUACCGUCAUGAAGUUAAUAUUCUUGGGGAGCUCGUUUUCAAUUGUUUGGUACAUAAGGCGCCACAAGAUUGUUCGUCGGUCCUAUGAUAAAGACCAAGAUACCUUCCGCCAUUAUUUCCUUGCACUGCCUUGCUUACUCUUGGCCCUACUUAUCAAUGAGAAGUUCACAUUUAAGGAGGUCAUGUGGACAUUCUCCUUAUAUUUAGAAGCCGUGGCCAUCCUUCCUCAGCUCAUACUGUUGCAGAGAACGAGAAAUAUUGACAACUUGACAGGGCAAUAUGUAUUUCUUCUUGGUGCUUAUCGAGGAUUAUACAUUCUCAACUGGAUUUACCGGUAUUUCACUGAGCCACACUAUGUUCACUGGAUAACUUGGAUUGCCGGGCUUGUUCAAACAUUGCUCUAUGCCGAUUUCUUUUAUUAUUAUUUUCAUAGCUGGAAGAACAACAAAAAGCUUGAAUUACCAGCUUGAGUUCAUCCUCCCCUAGUUCCCCCUUUGUUGGGAACUAAAGAUGUCAUGUAAUGCACAAAGAUAGUAUGUGUCAAUUCUUUUCGGCUGAAACUAGUACUAAUUCUUUUGGGAUAAUGUUAAGUGCACGGUCACCCACUAGCGACGUGCAUCCACACAUUUGGGCUUGAUCCUGCAUCUCAACAAUCACGCACUUGAAGAAACUAUGGAUUGUGAAUUGUUCAAAAUCUCUGUUGUAACUUGUAAGCUCUACAAAAUGUCCCAAAACAAGAUAAUUGUAAUAGACGAUACAAGAUUAUCCCAAAGAUGUUAUGUGGCUGAUAUUCAUUGCCAUUCAGGGUUUGCAUCAAA